AUGAAUGAAAAAAAAAUUUUCAAAGAUGAAUACAAUUUCAAUAUAAAUAAUAUGGGUAGCAAUAAAUUAAUAUAUGAUGCUGUUAAUUUUGGAUGUAACAGCACCAUUUUAAGAAAACAAAAUAAUACUAUCAAAAGUUUUAGAAAUGUAAAUGGAUUAAUAGACGAAGGGAUAAUAUUUGAAAAAAAAUCUUUACUAAAAAAAAAAGCAAAUGAAUGCUUAUGGAGCAUGCAGAAAUAUGAUAACUCGUUAAAGAAUCAUUCAUAUUGCCUUAUUCAUGAUAGUACUAAUGUCAAUGAUGAGUCUUUCCCUGGUAAUACUAAUGACAACAAUAGUAGUACCCGUAACAACGAGAUGAAUAAUGAAAUUAUUCCUUAUGAUGAUAAUCGGGGCAAAAAUAAUGGCAGUGACAACAACAAAGGGGAUAGAGAAAAUGAAGGUGAUGGAGGAGAUAACAGUAACGAUAAAGAUGAAGAUAAGGAAGAUGAUGAUGAUAAAGAAGAUAAGGAAGAUGAUGAUGAUAAAGAAGAUAAGGAAGAUGAUGAUGAUAAAGAAGAUGAGGAAGACGAUGAUGAUGAAGAAGAUGAGGAAGACGACGAUGAUGAAGAAGAUGAAGAAGACGAUGAUGAAGAAGACGAUGAGGACGAAGAAGUAGACAACGAAGACGACAAAGACGAUGGGAGAAAACAAAACAUGAAGCGCAUAAAACGAAGCAGGAGCUUUAAAUCGAACAGCACCAUGUAUACAAGCGUAAGUAGCGAACUGUCAAAUAGUCAUUACCGAAAAAGGAAAGUGUCUAAAUGUUUGUCUACGUCAAAUGACAAUGAUUCGCUGAUGUUUAACCUGUUCGAUGACGAGUUAACUUAUUUUUACCCCAACAAUUCAAAUAGUUUUAAUUUCACAAGCAGCGAUUAUGACGAACCUGAAGUGUGCAUCGGCAAUAACAGCAAUGAUGUUGGUAUUAAUAAUGUUAACGGGAAUAAUAUUGGCGGAAAUAAUAUUGGCGGAAAUAAUAUUGGCGGAAAUAAUAUUGGCGGAAAUAAUAUUGGCGGAAAUAAUAUUGGCGGAAAUAAUACUGGAGGAAAUAAUACUGGCGGAAAUAAUACUGGCGGAAAUAAUACUGGCGGCAGUGGUAACAGCAACACUGUUGGUAGUAAUAAUAAUGUUAACAGUAGACACAAAAUUGGUCUGCAUGGAGUAGCAGAAGGCGAUGGAAAUGAUAUUCAGGAGCAUGUACAUCAAGGUGAUACGUCCUACUAUUACACAAGAAGAAACAAAAAUCAAGGGAACAAUGGAGGAGAAAAAAUUAUUUACAAGGAAAGGGGUAUGGGAACGAAGGAUAAUCGGAUGGAGGAGUGUCGAAUGAAGGAUAGUCAGACGGAGGAGUGUCAACUAGAGAAGUAUCAGUUGCAGCGACGGAUAAGGGAGAAUCAUUGCAUAGAAACGAAGCGUGGAACGAAGAGAAACGGAAAAUAUAACAACCCUUUAGCGUACAGCUCCUCGAGCGACGACAUGUGCUCAGAUAAUUACAGCUCCAGUAGUGCAAAACAUUUUUGCAUGCAUAAGAAUAAGAUAGAUAUUUCAAAAAGAAGAAAUGACAAUAUAUUUGUAUAUAAAGAGGAGAACAUCCUUUUAUUAAAAAAAGCUCAUGAAAAUAAUAAUACAAAUUAUAAUGAUAUCAUUUAUCAUAUAAAUACAAUAAUGAAUGUAAAUAAAAAAAUAAAAGUAGUAAUUAUAGGUGCUGGAUUAUCAGGAUUAUCUGCAGCAUAUAUUCUACAAAACCAUAAUAUUGACGUGACGGUAUAUGAAGCCAGAAAUAGAAUAGGUGGGAAAUUUGUUUUUUCAAAAAAUUAUGGAAAAAGGUAUGUAGGGGAAGUGAACUUAUAUGUUAAUAGAAAUAAUCCUCUAAUAAAUUUUUGUAUAAAAAAAAAUAUAUACACAAAUAAUAUAAAUCGUCAUCUUUAUAAACAUUAUAUUUAUUAUAAGGACAAAAGGAUCUAUAUAUAUGAAUUGAGAAAUGAAUUUUUUAAAGUCAUUAGUAAAUUAAGAAAUUAUUAUGAACAUGUAUGCAAUUUGAAAACUUUUUCUGAUAUAAAAAAUAAAAAAAAAUUGUUAUAUGCUUCUCUAGGUGAAGUAAUAACUGUAAUAAUACAAAAAAUGAAAAAAGAAAAAAAUUAUAAAUAUAUCUAUGUGCAAUUAUAUAUAUCGUAUCUGGAGUCCCAUUGCGGUAUUAAUAUCUAUUCCUUGUCAAUACAGUACAUUUUUCAUAAUAUUAAUUUUUUAGACAUUUUUAAGAAUAUUUGCUGCACUUUCGAAUUGACCAAAAUUAUAAAAAAAUUAAAACAAAAUGUAAGGAUAGAAAAAAAUAAAAUUGUUAAUAAAAUUUAUUCGUAUAAUGAUAACAUAAAACUUGGCUUUAAAAAUCAUGUGGACAGUAAGCUCUACGAUUACUGCAUUGUCGCGGUGCCCCUCGGGGUCUUAAAGGAGAGUGUGCGAUAUUAUGGCAAGGGGGCAAGCAGAGGAACAGGAAACAAGGGAGGGGGAAGAAAGGGUGGAGGAAGCAAAAUAGUAGGAAGCAGAGGAGUAGGUAACAAGGGUGACAGGGGAGGCACAAAUUUAGAAGGUCAGGGUGAGUUGUCCCUUAAAAAUGAGAACAACUAUAAGAUCAUUAAUGAGGGGAGUACUUGUAAUGAUUAUGGAACGAACUGCAUAACGAAUGAGCAUGGAAAUUUGCUGGUAGUACGACGAGAUGAUAGAAACAAAGAAGUAGUUGACAUAGAGAACAACGAACUGUAUAAUGUUAGUGACUACAUUAUUAACAAUAUAGACUUGACCACAAACGAGUUUAGAAGCAAUAUGCAAAUGAAAUGUGAAAGUGCGGGAAAUGACUAUUCGGGGGUAGAAGACUACAAGAAUUGUCCCCUUGGAUCGGUACACACGGCCAGUAAUGUAGAUGCACAUGCAGGUGGAACUAUAAAAGAAAAUGUAAAUGCAGUUAUAAAUAAAAAUGAAAACAUUAAUGAGAUGGGGGUAGUGGAUCGAGGGGGAGAAGCGAAUCAAAUGAAUACUAAUAGCAUCUUUCCCCACAAAAACAGCGAAGUGCAGGUAAGGAAGUCUGGCAAGGAGGACGGGCCUCGUACCGAGGGGGGGUACAUGAAUCGCGUUAAAUGCAGUCAUCACAAUGAAAAUAUAGUGGAUGACAGCAACACAUACUUGUAUAAUAAAAGAGAACCGUUUAAAUAUGAUGAAGAGUACACGGAAAAAUCGAAUAAGCUAUCCCCAUUUGACAGAGAAGGUAGGAAGGAAAAGGAGGAACAUCAAGAAAAAAAUAGCUAUAAUAUCCAAAUUAAUAGCACAUUUGUUCAUAAAAAAGAAGCUAAAGAUAAUAAGUCGACAAAAAUGGCCUUUCCAAAUAAAGAAAAGACACAAAGAAAGAAACAGAUAGAACACAUAAAAAAAAGACAAAAGGGAAAGAAAAAAAAAUACUCAAGAAAAAAUAAAAAAAUAAAAAAUUUUUUACAAGAACGAAAUACUGGAUUAAUAGAAUUCAUUCCUAAAUUACCUGAAUGGAAAGUGAAUAGUAUUAAAAGAUUAAAAGUUUCAAAAAACAAUAAAAUUGUUAUUACUCUUAAGGAAAGAAUUAUCAAUAGCGACCAGAAUGUAACUAUAUUUUUUAACCAGUCCAAGGGUGGAAAGAGAAGGAGCACAUGGGGAAGAGAUGCAUUUGACAGGGACUCAACGGACGGUGCGCUAAAGGCGAUAGGUGAAAGAAGCAGUUACCACGAUGGUAGAGAUUGCAGCUACAGUAACUACAACAACUAUUGCAACUCUAACUUCAAAUGUCAUUGUAACUGCAGGGGGGGCGAGUCCUCGAACGUGCUAGAAACAAAUAGAGGUAUCGACAGUGCACAGUAUAACUUGAAGGACAAAGAUGUCCAGAAUAAGGAAGCAAACAUAGAAGCAGUAGACACAAAGGAGACCGAGUGCGGGAAGAAGCAGGAGCUGGAGGAACUACGACUAGACUCCCAUCUUAGCAGCGGAAACGAGCUUCUUAUCAAUUAUUUCACUCAUGGAAAUAUAAAUUCAAGUGAAGAACUGCGUUCCAAUGCCAACCAGAUAAAUGGAUUGACAAAUAUGCCCAAUGACAUUUCGAGCGCAGAGAACAUUAUUCCGCAUAUUAAGGAAAACGGGGUGAAUGAAGUGAACGAUAUGAGUAACGUGUGUAACGUGAGUAACGUGAGUAACGUGAGUAACGUGAGUAACGUGAGUAACGUGAAUAACGUAAGCAACGUAAGCAACGUAAGCAACAUGAAUGGGGUUAACGAUAUCAGAGGAAGUAACAGGUUCUCGUUAGCUUAUGAGAAGGAGAGUACAGUGAUAAAGUGCUUAAAGAAAGGGCGUUUAAUAGACAGUGGAAAACACUAUAUAUCAUAUACCAACGAAAGAGAGAUAAAAAAGUACAGUCACAUGACAAUUUAUAGCACGCAUCCAGUUAUAGCGCUCUUUUUAAGAAAGAAAUAUAGUAAAGCAAUAAUUCGAAUGAAACGAAAGAGAGUAAUAAAUGAUUGUAGAUAUUUUUUAAAAAGUAUAUUACCACAUGUGAAAAUAGAAAAGAUAAUUUUUUAUGAUUGGAUGAAUAACAAAUUUUCUAGAGGAGUAAACUCCUUUUUAGGGAAAAAUGGUUUAAUAAUAGAUAAAGAUAUUUUGUCAUUUCCAGUGAGUAAUAGAUUAUUAUUUGCAGGAGAGCAUACACAUAAUAGUGAUUGUAAUUCUUUGGUCAGUGCCUUUCUGAGUGGCAAGAGGGAGGCAUAUAGAAUAAUUGAAAAAAUUAAUAAAGUAGUGUACAUGAACAAGUUGACAAAGUGUUUUUACAACAGAGAUGAAGUGACAGUAGGCACACCAUUGAUGCCCGAUUGGGGAGAGGAAGGAUUAGGUGCUUCAUCAGGAGUGGAAGGAGCAACAGCAGUGGCGGUAGGAGCAUAUUCAGGAGCGACUAGCACACUAGAAAUUCCAAACGGUAGAGGAUACAUAAAACAUUGCAAAGAAAUAGUAAUAAAAAACAUUGAAACUGAUUUUUUCGUAUAUAUAUAUGAUGAUGAAGUAAUUGGAUUAAAUAAAAAUGAAUAUGAAACUUGGUUUGAUAAUGUAAGAUGUAUAUUUUGUAAUCAGACUCAAACGAUAAGCAAAUAUUUUAUAGGUAUUAUAAAGUUGAAACAUAGAAAUGGGAAAUAUUUAAAAUAUACUUGUCAUAAAGAUUGUUUGUAUUUCAAUAAUUACACAUAUAAUCAUACAUAUGGUAAUAGAUAUUUCAAUUUAACAAUUUUGUUUAAUCAUUUAUUUCAUAAAAAAUGUUCAGUCUGUUUACUAAAUUUUCCAUCAUUAAAAUGUAGUAUUUACAAUUGUAAUAAUUUUAUUCAUUUAAAUUGUGCAUAUAGUUAUUUAUCAUGGCCUAAUUUCUGCAAGACAAGUAGACAUGAAAUACUCUACUGUUACAAACAUCAAUAUAUGCAUGGUCUUUACCACAAUUAUUAUGAAGAACAUUGUGUUCGAAGAAGGAGGAAAUGUUGUAUCACUGGAGGGUUGUGCCACAAGGAAAAAUGCACAACGAGGAGAAACCAGAGAAAAAGGAGAAGAAAUAAAGUAAAUAUGAAAAAGAGUAAUCAAAUUGGUGAUAGUAGCUCGUGUAAUGGUAGUACUAACAGUGGUAGCCAUAAUGGAAGUAGUACUAACAGUGGUAGUUACAACGGUAGUGCUAUUGACAGUGGUGGAAGCCAUAACACUGGUAUUAAUGAUAACUAUGAUGAUAACUAUAAUGAUAAUUGUGUCAAACGAAACAACGAAAUUAAUGACGAUUGCAAUAUCGAGGGAAGUCACAACGUUAUCGGUAUGAUUAGUAAGAGCAGAGACCACCAAGUUAUGCAUUCUAAUAUACACAGGAAAAAAGUGUACACUAUUUUGGACCACAACACAGAGAAAGAGUACAAUCAGUCGAAGGAGGAUUCCUACAUUUGUAAAAACAAACGCUGCCGAAGAGCUCUCAGGUAUAAGAACAUUCAUUAUGCUUAUAAUGUCCAAAGCGAUGAAUACCCAGGUAACUUUAUUAACCCUAGAAGAAAAAGCCAUAACAAACAUAGUAGUACGAAGAGACCAUUUAUAGAUCAUCUGAGUGACAAUGUGCAUUCGAAUAUUAGCAAGUUUUUAUCCUAUUACCAAAACAAACAUAAUAGUAAUUCAUAUAUGGACUUGUCAACUAUUCUAAAAAAUGUUAAUUAUAUAAAUGACAACCUGUUCAGAUAUAUGAUCAAAAAAUAUAGAAGGAUGUUUCCUCAGCAUUGUUGUAACCAUAAUAUACUAUGCAGUAGUAGUUACAAUUGUUAUUAUAAUAUUAACGAAGAGAAAAAGAAGUUUAUAGAUAGAAGUUUGCUAGGCUUGAAAUAUUUAAAUAAAAAUAUUUGCGCUCUAGAGCAAGAAAGAUGUACACAUGUCGACAUCAGCAAUGAUGGUGGUGUGUAUAGUGAGCAUGAUGAGUAUGGUAUGCAUAAUGCCUAUAGUAUGCAUGAUGUGUAUGGCACGCAUGGUAAGUAUGGUGCACAUGGUAAGUAUAGUGCACAUGGUGAGUAUAGUGCACAUGGUGAGUAUAGUGCACAUGGUGAGUAUAGUACACAUGGUGAUUAUAGUACACAUGAUGAGCGUUGUAAUCGUGGUUAUCGUGAUAAACUUGUAGAGGGAAAUUACGAGGAUUUAGAAAAUGGCAUUAAUAAUAAGAACAAUGAAAGCAGUUACAGGAACAAUAUUAGGAAGAACGGGAUGCAUAUGAAUAAUGCCCACUUGAAUGAUAAUGUUAUUGGCAAUAACAUUGACGAUCAUAUUGAUGAUCAUAUUGACGAUCAUAUUGAUGAUCAUAUUGACGAUAAUGUUGACGAUAAUGUUGACGAUAAUAUUGUCCAUAGUAUUGGUCAUAGUAGUGGUCAUAGUAUUAAAGAUAACAGUGAGAAUAACAGUAAUAGUAAUGGUGAUAACAUUGAUCAGAAUGACAGUAGUAAUGUUAUACCAUAUACGUUUACUUAUCAACAGCAAACCCCACCGAGUCAUCUCAGCAGUCUGCAUACCACUCUGUUUACGAAGGAACAUAUUGAAUUUUUGAAAAAUAUGCAAAAGAAUAGUAAAAGGAAUAUGACGGCAAGGACCAGCAGGCAUAAUUACAUCUUCUGCAGAAGCGGUGAAGAUGUACACGUAUGCACAAGUGAUAACUGUAGAAAUAGCAAUUACAAUCGUAGCAUUAACAUGCACAAUAGAAGUAACAGGUAUAGUGAUAACAUUGGCAAGAAUGGAUGCUACGACGGUAGGAAUGGCCACCUGAGAAGAGAAGGGGGAAAUUAUGACGAUAAUUACAACAGUGAAUAUAAUAAUAUUAAUAAUAAUAGUAUUAAUAAUAAUAGUAUUAAUAAUAAUAGUAUUAAUAAUAAUAGUAUUAAUAAUAAUAAUAUUAAUAAUAAUAAUAUUAAUAAUAAUAAUAUAUUAAUAAUAAUAAUAUUAAUAAUAAUAAUAGUAUUAAUAAUAAUAAUAUAUAAUAAUAAUAAUAAUAAUAAUAAUAAUAAUAAUAAUAAUAAUAAUAAUAAUAAUAAUAAUAAUAAUAAUAAUAAUAAUAAUAAUAAUAAUAAUAAUAAUAAUAAUAAUAAUAAUAAUAAUAAUAAUAAUAAUAAUAAUAAUAAUAAUAAUAAUAAUAAUAAUAAUAAUAACAGUAACAAUUCAAAUAACGAGAACCCCUUUUUGCAGUCCGCAAAUGUUGGAGCAUUAAAUAGUAAGAUGCAGCAAGCUAAAGAAGCAUACUAUAGUAAUGAAACAAGGGAUAAGGAUGAACGUAAAUCUAAUAGCUGUCAAUUGCAUGGGAAACAGAAAAACAACUACAUGGGUGAAGAGAAUAACCAUGUUCUAGUAGAAAACAGUUAUAUACCCCCAAAGGACAUAAAAAAAACGAACAAGUCGAUGAAUCAACUCGAUAAGAUGCUCUCAGCAUAUAAUGCAAAUAACAGUUUAGUGUACCGUUUAAUUUAUAAUUAUUAUAAAGAAAUAAAUAAAACGAAACAAGAGUCAAUGCAUUCCUAUUUUCACCCCUCUGAUGAAAAUAAGCAAAGUAAUGAAAUUCAUGCUGAAAGCAGUAGCAUCCACCAACCUAGUAAGCACCCAUAUGAUGAUCACGUUAUGAAGCAUAAAAACGCGAUCACUACUGCAGAACAGGGAAGCAUGUACGAAAGUAAGCGCGAUAAGUAUUAUAUGCACGAACACAACGAUAGCGGUAGAGGGACCUACACCAAAAGCAGUCGAAAAAGUAGUACGCCUAAUAAUAUCAAUACUCGUGGUAGAAAAGUGAAGGAUAUGCCCUCCACGUAUGACAGAAGGGAAAACAGAGUAGAUAACAUAAUGGCCGAUCGAACGAACGACCGAGUGAACGACCGAGUGAACGACCGAGUGAAUGACCAAGUGAAUGAUCGAGUGAAUGAUGACGUACAUCAUUUGAACAAAUUCCUUUUCAAGGCUGUAAACCAUAACAACUUAAAUGAAAACAAAAACAAGCCUUGCAGCAAUUAUGCGCACAUACAAAAUGAAACGAAAUUAGGGUUAGAAAUUUUGAAUCCUCCUCCUCUUCAUUCAAGUGGCGAAUCCAAUAAGAGUAAGACUUAUGUACUGAGUAAUAAUACAAAAAGCAGCGAUAACGUAAACAAACACGUUAGUGCGAACAUAACCAAUAUUGGUGGAAAAGGCAGCGAUAUAGUUAGUGAUGUAGUUAGCGGUGCAGUUAGUGGUCACAGUAGCAGUAGAGCUGCCAAGGAUCCGAAGGACAGUGCUCUUUUAAAUCCGUUCGAUUUGAAAAACAAUAAAGGAGGAGUGGACCAUAACAAAUUAGAGUUACUGUACAAAUUAUAUCUGGAACACAUAUAUAUAAAUAAUAAAAGUAAAAAAAAAAAUAUGAACAUGCAAAAGGAAAAUAAUGAAAAAUUAUUUCGAAACAAGUUGUUAGAGAAUUACUACCAAAUACUGAAUGGUAAUUUGAACUCGCAGAAUUUUAAUAAAAAUUAUAUAAUGACAAAUGAGCAGUUAGGAGCAGACAAAAAUGUCAAGAAUGAUGUUAAAAGGAAAGGAAAAAAACAAGAUUCCUUUUAUUUGUCCAAGAAGAAGGAAUAUACUAAUAACACGAUUCCAGAGGAGGAGGGAGAAGCCCGCGACGAGAAAGAAACAAGCAUAUCGAAUAUGUCAAACGUGUCGAAUGAAGAAGAAGACAGUGCGAACAUUUUUAAAACAUCCUCAAAGUUAGAAGAUAAUGUGUACAAUAGAAGUGAACCAUUUACUACUCAUAUACCUCUUACAUCCCUCACACACUGUAUGGACUCAUUCGGAGUGAGCAGCAAAAGUAAGGGGAGCAAGUAUCGUAGUGUAGAUAACGAUGAUCAGCGCUUUGUUUAUGAACAAUUUGAUGGCGAGGUAAAUAAGUCAACUACAGAUUUUUUAAAUUUAGAAAAUAACGAAAUGAGUUUAGAGGAAAGUAAUAAUGAAACAAUGUAUAGGAGCACCAAAGAGAUGAACGAUUUAAAAAAGCGCUUACUUUAUCAUAAACGAAAUCAUAAUAGGAAAAAUGAAAAGGAUCAUCCGAAUACUGCACCCAAAGCAGAAGCAAUGAAGACACAACAUGAAAAGAACGUAAUGGAGAAUAUAUAUAUGGUGGAUGAAAGCAUAGCAGAAGAAGAAGGAGAAGGAAAGGGAGGACAAGAACAGAAGCAACAGAAGCAGAAACAGAAACAAAAGCAACAACAACAUAAUGAUGAGCUUCUUUUCGAAAAAGAAAAAAAGAAAAAAAAAAAAAAAAGAAAAAAGGAGCAAACAGCAGAGGAAAUGUAUCAUUUCAAAACACAAAUGAUGUAUGAUCAACUGAAAAAUACUGAUUCUUAUAAAAUUUUUAAAGACUUAGAUGUCAAAAAUAAAGAGCAUAUGAUAUCCCUUCUUUUGAAUAUGAAAAAUGAAGCUUCAGUUGAACUUAGAAACGACAAAGGGGCAAGGAAUGAUAUAAAGAAUAAUGAGCAGUUGAACAAUCAAAGUAGAAGUGUUAGUUACCAAAAGAGUUAUACUGAUGAAUAUGUAAGCGAUUUACCGAACGAAGGUGAAAGGGAUCAUUUCAAGGGGGACUACACUAGAAACGAUGGUACUGUGAUUGCUCCGGUUGCUCCAGUUGCUUCGGUUCCUUCUGCUUCUGUUUCAUCCUUUGCUUCACCUGUGGAGGUUGGUCAUAGCAGUAGUAGGGAUGGGAAGACUGAGAACAGGAGGAAUGUCUUAUCAUCUCAUGUAAACAACGAAAUCAAAGUCAGAAAAGGUCUAACAGAUUCUAACUCAGUUGAUUCAAAGUAUAACCUAAGAAAAAAACAUAAACAUGUUAAUUAUGUUGUUAUUGGAGGGGAACAAGGAGAGCAAAAGAAAAAUGACAAACAAAACGAAGAACAAAAUGAAGAUCAAAGCGCAGGUCAGAACGUAGAUAUACAAUUACCACUAAAAAUACAAGAAGCAAUAGGUUUCUCUCGUACAAAUAAUGUUAAAAUAAGUGACAAUAUUAUAAGCAAUAAUUUGAGCUCAACACGAGGGGGAAGAUGUAGCGUUGGUAGUCAUAGUAAUACUGUCGGCAGUGAUAGUACCAUCGGUAGUAGUAGCAGUACUAUAGGCAGUAGUAGUGGCAUUAGUUCGAAUGGGAAUAAUAAACACCCAGUCGGAACUAAGAAACAGCAAUUCGAACAGUCGUCUCAAAUUUGUAACGAAAUGAAAAAUGAAGAAGUAAAGAAGAAGAAAAAAAAAACAAAGGAAGUGGAGGAGAAAAAAAAAAAAAAAAAAUAUUUGAACAAAACAAAUGGUUUAGUCAAACCAAAUAUGAAGCUUCUAACAAGUGCGCUUCUAAUGCAUAAUGAAAAAAAGAAUGAGGAAAAAAACAUGACAAUUCUUCCACCACAUACAUAUGAAUAUCUAACGCAUGUGGAUUUUAAAGAACGAAAUGAUGACUGUUAUUAUAAGAAUAAAUAUACCAACAACCAAGAUAAAAAUGAUGCUGACCAUUUCGAUGAUUCACUGUCUAAUAAAAUUAAAACAGAUAGAAGUAACAACGAUUCAGAACAGAAUAUUGUGUUUAGUGAGAGUAGACCAAUGGACGAAUAUAAAAGAGGAAAGGAGGAGCUAAAAAAAUAUAUGCUUCUUCAUAGUGAUUUACCUUCUGUUGGUCAUAAUACUUACGGAAAUGGAAAUGGAAUUCAUGGAAGCGAUAACAACAUAGUGAUGUCAAGUAUUAGGAACCGUACUACAGCACUGAGAGACGCACUAAAAAAGAAUGCCCAAAGUAGAGUGAGCGAAAGUCAGAAUGAAAUGAACGAAUAUAAGAGCAAUGUGGACGAUAUGUAUAGCAGAGUGGGCGAUGUGCACAGCAGAGUAAACGAAAGUCAAAGUAAGAUGAAGGAAAAUGCACUCGGUGAAAAUUAUUAUGAACAUGUUAAUGUAAAUAAGAAGAAAAAUAAUUUUGAAAAGAUCAUAGAACUGCUACAUGCAAAUAAAGAUAUGCUGACAGGGAAAUAUUUAAAUGAUAUGAAAAAUAAUAAAAAUACUGAAUACUGUAAUAAUGUAAAUAUAGAAAAAAUUAUGGAAGAGGUUGUAUUGCUUGCAGAUGAACAGUUGUCAAAGGAUCAAACUACAAAUGAUGUAAUAAAGAGAAAAAAUAGUAAUAAUAAAAAAAAACAAAGCAGUCAUAAUAAUUUUGAUCCUUUAAAAAAUUUCCCUUAUGAUGAGAAAGCUAUAAAAAAGAGUGUUAACAUUACUGGAAUAAUGCCAAUGGAUAGUAACAGUGACAAAAGGAAUAAUAACAUGCUUGAUCAAGUUGACAAGAAUGUAGAGAGAGGAACGAGUAAUGGAAACGGGAUUUGCAGCAGCAUGGAUGAUGAAUACUUGGUUGACAGCAGAAAUGGAAAAACAGAUACCAGAAUAGAUGAUGACAAAGGUGUAGUCACACAUACUAGUUGCAGUAGUAGUAGUAGACGUAAUGCCAUCAUGCCUAACAAUAACAGUGAUAACGAUAGUAUGAAAAGGAAAGUUUUUUAUGGUAACUGUUAUAGCCAACACGAUGAACACAGUGAGAAAUAUCAGAAUACGAAAAAUAAGAAUAACACUGGCAAUGAUAAUAAUAAUAUUAGCAGCAUCAACAAUAAUAUUAGCAGCGUCAACAAUAAUAUUAGCAGCAUUAACAAUAACAGUAGCAGCAUUAACAAUAACAGUAGCAGCAUUAACAAUAACAGUAGCAGCAUCAACAAUAACAGUAGCAGCAUCAACAAUAACAGUUGCAGUGGUAAUACCGAGGUGUUACUACCGAACGACGGUGAUAUCGUCAAUAAAUAUAAGGGCUAUAACUUAAGUUCACUAGAUGAUAUACAGAGUAAGUAUGAAGUAGAUCUAAAUAGUAGCUUAAUUGGAAAGCAAGCUACAUACAGUAUAAUUAAAUACAAUUUAACAAAAAAUAACCUUAUUAAUAACGUUUUAAGUGAUAUGAAAUCUAACCUAUCACAAAAUAAUUUGAUGAAAAACAUGAAUAACUGUAGCUACCCAAGUGCAUCCGAUGAGACAGAGAAUCUCCCACUUUAUCAAAGAAAGAGGAGAAAGCUUUAG